AUGGAAUCUGAGGUACCUGUUGUUUCUACAACAUCUUCAGGCAAUUUAAUGGAUUCAAAAAUUGAAGUGGAAAAUGCUGAUGCGAAUAAUCUUGUUGAUGAAGGUGAUAAUAAUGCAAAUUCUAAUAAACAAAUGACUCAUGAUGAUAUAUCCAAUAAAACUGAGGCAAGCGAAGAGAAUGAUGGAGUUCAACUUAUUGAAGGACUGACAAAGCCUUCAUCUGCUUUGGAAAAAGUUGAUUUUGUUCGAGAUUCGCGUAAUCGCGUAAAACUUUAUGUUCUUUGUGAUCAACGUGCUUGGGAUGAUCGAGGUACAGGGCAUGUUGCAUGCCUUCCUUCGCCAGAAAGCAAUAAUACUUGGUGCAUUGUUGUUCGAUUGGAGUCUAAUGAACGCAAUGUAUUGGAAUCAAAAAUUUUACAAGAAACUACUUAUCAAAAACAGCAAGGCACUUUAAUCGUUUGGUCGGAGACAGAGUCGGUGGAUUUGGCAUUGAGUUUUCAGGAGAAAGCUGGUUGUACAGAAUUAUGGGAAAAAAUCUGUAAAAUACAAGGCAGAGACCCCGAUGCUGAAACUGAACUGGAAGAUAACGAAUGUGAUGAUCAGGAUGUUCCAAGCGACAGCAGCACUUCUGUUGUUUCUAAUGCUACAGGAGUUCCGCCAUGCAAUUUACAAAAUCUUGGCGAACUUGAGCAAGCUCUUUCAAAUUCAAUGUUUGCUAAUAGUCAACGUGAGAAAAUGGCCAAUGCAAUUCUUCAGAACAGUUAUAUACCAAAGCUUUGUGAAAUGUUUUCUAUCAGUGAGGAUUUGGAAAAUAAAGAAGCUCUUCAACAAAUGGCUUCUAUCGCAAAGAAUCUCUUUCUUCUUAAUAAUAAUGCUGUUUUGAAUGAACUUGUUGAAGACAAAUAUUUUAAGUUUGUAGAUUUUUCAUUUAAUAAAUUUAGAUUUAAUUUUUUACUUUUUUCAAAUAACAAAUUAAACAUUUACAGAAAUAUAGUCGGAAUGUUAGAAUAUGAUGUUUCAUCAUCAGAACCCAAAAUGCACAGGAACUUUCUUUGGGAGCGUUCUCGUUUUAGGGAAGUUUUGCCAAUCAGUUCUGAAGAGUUGAAAUCAAAGAUUCAUCAAACUUUUCGGCUUCAAUAUGUCCAGGAUGUUUGUCUUCCUGCGCCUUCUAUAUUUGAAGAAAAUCUUUUGACUGUUUUGAGCAGUCAUCUUUUCUUUAUGCGUGCAGAGAUUGUUAAUUCUCUUUUGAAUGACAAGAACUUGAUGCAAAAGCUCUUUGAAGGUCUUCGAAAUCCAGACAUCACCCCAGAUACACAAAGAGAUUUGACAAACUUUUUGAAGGAAUUCUGUUCUUUUGCACACUCUCUUCAACCCACUGGUCCACAAGGAAGAGAACAGUUUUUCAAAACUUUAAUGGCCAACAACGUCCUCGAGAUUAUUGAUCCUUGUAUUAGUAGCCCAUUAGCUUCAACACGAACAGCGACAGUAGAACUUCUAUCAAUAAUUGUGGAUUUCAAUGCGCAAAUAUUUCGUGAUUUUCUUGUUAGACAAUUUAGAAUUGUUCCUGAAUCUAAAAAUAGCUCUUUACUCAUUAACAAAUUGAUCAAUCAUAUGCUUAGCGAUAAAGAUCCCGAAUUUACUUCAGCCCAUCAAAUAGCUAAUGCAAUUCGAAUUUUGUUGGAUCCAGAGAGUAUUGUUUCGAAAGGAGAAAAGGGUGAAUUUUUACAAAUGUUUUAUAAACGAGCGAUGAAUACACUUUGCGCUCCAAUACACGAAAAUGCCAAAAAUGGACAUCCAAUUUCUGAUAGUUAUUACAUGGCAAAUAAAUUGACUCUUGUAAUCGAUUUGCUUUGCUUUUUUGUGGAACAUCACAGUUAUAACAUGCGUACUUAUGCCAUACAAAGAGGAAUGCUUCUUUCUAUUCUUGUCUAUUUAAAGAGCAAGCAUCAUUUUUUAGCACAUUGCGCUCUACGGUUACUUCGUCGAAUUAUUGGGUUAAAGGAUGAUAUUUAUUUUUGUCAUAUUUGUGAUAAAUCAAUUUUGGACCCUGUUGUUGAAUGCUUUGAAGCGAACGGAUCACGCUACAAUUUGCUCAACUCGUCUUUGAUUGAAUUAUUCGAAUAUAUUCGAACGGAAGAAAUUCGUCCACUUAUGCAAUAUGUAGUACAAAAACAUUGGGAAACUACAUUUAGUAAAGUUGAAUAUGUCCGGACUUUUUCUGUAAUGAAAACUCGUUGUGCACAAUUUGCUGAUACUUUUUCGUUCGAACGUGAUUCAGCUUCCAAAGAGAACACUGGCUUGGCUAUGACACCUCCACCUAAUUCACAGUGGAGAAAAGAACGUGAACACGAUGAUGAGGAGUUAUUCUUUAGUAAAGAAGAGGAGGACGAAAUGCCAGCACCGCAAUUACGUAAAUCUGGUAUGGAACCAAUGUUUCCAUCACUGGCCAACCGAAAACGCAAAGCUCUUGAUGAUGAAGAUAGCAUUUCGUCUGUCUUUGGAGGCAAUAUUACACCUCCGGCUGGUUCAAACGUGCGAAUAUCAAAAAUAAUGAUUCGAAUGAAUACGAAAGAAAUUACUCCUACUCCUCGCCAAUCUGUUGUUGUGCAACAACAGCUGCCUCAACAACAAGCAGUGGAUUCUACGGUUGAACCAGAUACAGACUUGCCGCCAUUCGACGAGCCAAAACCUCAUCAACAACAAUCUACGGCCAUAUCAACUACAACUUCUCCAACAACAGAUUCGUGCAGUACAGACAGUACAACCACAACAACUAGCUCUUCUUCACCACCUUCCUCAACUACACUCAAACGUCCCUUAGUUGAUUAUGAUCUCAGUGACGACGAUGAUGAUGACGGUGAAGGAAAUGGAAAAGAAUCAAAAUUAUCAAAAUCUUUGUCUCGGUCUCAAACAAAAAUAGUCGUUGGGGAAGAAAAACAGCCAAACAAAAUACUCAAAUUAUCGACAGACGAAACGCCGGAUUCGUCAAGAGAUGCUUCAUCUCCACCACCCGAUCCAGAACAAAAAGGUAGUGAUCGAAUGGGUGGAGGGGGAAGAGGAGGUGGAAAUGGACAACAACAAGAUAUUUCAACAUCAUCAUAA